AGGAUUCUACUGGUCACUUGUCAGAAAGGAGAAUGCCCAGUGAUUGGUUAAAAGAACUGCCAAUCAAAGCACUCAGGUUUCGUCUUUCAUGCCCAUGGGCAUGGCAUGAAUCAGUUUGUUGUGGGCUGAAAUGCUCAUGAUCACUAGAGUAUAGUUCACCACAGUUGGUAAAUAAACGCUAAGCUGAAAUGGAUAUGGAAGAGAAGCCAAAAUACGGACAGCCCAAAGAAUUUGACCCCGACUUCAAAGGGCCCAUCCAAAACAGAGGAUGCACAGACAUUAUUUGCUGUAUCUUCUUCAUCGUGGCCAUAGUGGGCUACGUUGCGGUGGGAAUACUGGCCUGGACUCACGGUGACCCGAGGAAGGUGAUCUACCCCACAGACAGCCUAGGACAGUACUGUGGCCAGGGAAAACUGGAGAAGCAGCCCUUGUUGUUCUACUUUAACAUGAUGAAGUGUGCCAGUCCCAUGGUCCUCCUCGAGUUCCAGUGUCCCACGCCUCAGGUGUGUGUAGAGAAAUGCCCUGAUCGCACGUUGACUCUGGUAACCGCCAUUGGAAACACACAAGACUGGGAAUAUUACAAAAGCUAUUGCAGAGCAGACCCAGGGACAAAGCCAGUGGUGGACAUUUUGCAAAAAAAACUGUGCCCUGCAUAUCUGAUUUCCAGCAAACCAUUUUUGCAGCGAUGUUUUCCAUCUCUAGGCAAAAAGGGUGAUGUCAUCACAGUGGGCGAUCAAGAAACAUUUAAUGAUGGAGACAAAAUGAGAGACGCUAAAGAUCUGGUGGCUGGAAUGAAGAAUGCAACAAUAGUCAUGGAGGGUCGUCAAGUUGCAAUGAAGAUCUUUGAGGAUUACACAAAGUCUUGGUACUGGAUACUAAUUUGUUUGUUGGUCGCUGUGGUGCUGAGUCUGAUCUUCAUCGUUCUUCUGCGUUAUCUGGCUGGAAUCAUGGUCUGGGUCAUGAUCUUCAUGGUCAUCGCUGUCGUUGCCUGUGGUAUUGCUCACUGCAGCAUAAAGUAUGUCAAUCUGAAGGACACGCCUGGUUCUAAUAUCACCCUACAGCAGCUGGGCUUCCAGCCCGAUUUCUCUUUGUACCUGCACAUCAGACAGUCCUGGCUGGCCUUCAUCAUCAUCUUGGCCAUUUUGGAGGUCAUCAUCAUCAUUCUCCUCAUCUUCCUCAGGAAACGAAUCCGGAUCGCUGUUCAGCUCAUGAAGGAGGCCAGCAGGGCUGUGGGUUAUGUGAUGUCUUCGCUGUUCUACCCUAUUUUUACCUUCCUCCUCCUGACCAUAGUCAUUGUGUACUGGGGCGUCACUGCAGUUUUCCUCUCUACAUCCAGUGAACCUGUUUAUAAGGUUUUCAACGAAACCGAUUGUCCACAUGCAAGACAAACCUGUGACCCUGAGAACUUCACUCUUUCUACUAUGAAGAGAGACUGUCCGCGGUCUGAGUGCCUGUUUGCUUUCUAUGGUGGGGAAACGCCAUAUCACAAAUACCUGAUCAUCCUUCAAUUCUACAACAUCUUCCUGUUCUUCUGGUGUGCAAACUUUGUCACUGCUCUGGGUCAGAUGACUCUGGCAGGGGCAUUUGCAUCCUACUACUGGGCUCCUAAUAAACCCAGUGACAUGCCUGCAUACCCGCUGUGUGCCUCUCUGGGCAGAUCCCUCAGAUAUCACACAGGCUCUCUGGCAUUUGGUUCUCUCAUCCUCGCCAUCGUCCAGAUUAUCAGGGUUCUGUUGGAGUAUAUUGACCACAAACUCAAGGGAGCAGAGAAUAAAUUUGCCAAGUUCUUGUUGUGCUGUUUGAAAUGCUGCUUCUGGUGCCUGGAGAAGUUCAUCAAGUUUAUGAACAGGAACGCCUACAUUAUGGUGGCCAUAUACGGUAAAAACUUCUGCAGAUCAGCACGUGAUGCCUUCUUCCUCCUCAUGAGAAACGUAAUCAGGGUGGUAGUCCUGGAUAAGGUCACCGAUUUCAUCUUAUUCCUUGGAAAACUCCUUAUUGUGGGGCUUGUGGGGAUCUUCGCUUUCUUCUUCUUCUCAGGACAUACGGAUGCGUUUAAGGGUGCCACACCCAGUCUCCAUUACUACUGGGUUCCUAUUUUGACUGUGUUGGUGGGCUCCUACCUCAUUGCACAUGGGUUUUUCAGCGUUUAUGCCAUGUGUGUGGACACACUCUUCCUCUGCUUCUUGGAGGACCUGGAGAGGAACGACGGCAGCCCAAAACGAGCCUAUCUGAUGUCUGAGAACCUUCUCAAUGUUUUGAGGAAGAAGAACCAGGCCAACUAGUCCUCACUGAUGGUCGGUCAGAGUUAUAUAUGUGCCUCAGCACUGCUUGAGAUUUUUUUUGACCUCAGUCAGUGUUUGACCUCAGUAUCUCAGCCAUAUGUUACCAUUUAAAAUGUGUAAGCUUUUCUUUAGAUUGAGGUCAAAUUACAGAGGUUGUAGGUUUAUUAUUUAAAUGUCCAAAAAGCUUUUGCAAUAACUGCCGAAUGUUUUAAUGAAUACUUUAAAGAAUAACCGAAGCGUCUUGGCCUAGAUAUUUUGUUUUGAUUUUCAUUUUGAUGCUUUGCUUUUUUCCCCCAUAGUCUUUAUAUUUAUGGUUUUUAUAUAAAAACACAGUGCAGUGUUGUCCAUUGUGCUGUAGGACAGGAUUGUAGAAAAACGUUUUCUUUGCCAAUAUGUGAGCAGAAUCGACCGUAGAAACUAUGUUUAGAUGUAUUAUUACUUUUAUUAUCCGUUCAUUUCCAGUUCAUGGCCCUGUGUACAUAAGUGUCUGCAUGUAGGUAAAACGGUUAGACUUCUUGCCUUUAACCGUGUUCGUGACUAU